UAUCAAUCCAAUUCAAUGUAGGAGCAAAGCCUGAUUAAAGGCUGACUUACAUAGGUCCGGGCCGAAGCGUACCUACGAUUGCCGUAUAUGUCCGAGAUCAAGUGUAAAUACCCUAUAUUGCGUGUCAAGUUGUGUGGAAGAUUUCCUCGCGACUUCGCGAAUCCACCGUCGAUCCUGGAGGCGAUGAAGCAAUUCAAGGACCCGUUCGAAGCUGCCUUCGAGGAGCAGGAGGAGUCGCCGCCCGACUCCCCCGCCCCGCCCGACGAUCCCGACGCCCCCGGCCGUCGCCUCCGCCCCGGCCUCGGCCUCCGCCCCCGCCCCCACCCCGCCGCCGCCGCCGCCGCCGCCGCCGGCCACGACGACGACGAUUACGACGACGACGACGACCUCCUCGACGAGCCCUCCGCGCCCGCGCCCACCCGAGCUCCUCCUCCGCCGCCCCCAACGCCAACGCCACCGCCGCCGCCGCAGCCGCCCCCCGCCGCGGCGAGCGGCGCGCCAGGAACCGGGAGGACGAGGAGGAGGAAGGAGGAUGAGAACAUGGAGGUCGAGCUCGGGAAGCUCGCUCCCGGCGGCGAUCCCGACAAGAUGGCCAAGAUGCAGGCUAUUUUGUCACGAUUCACGGAGGAACAGAUGAAUAGAUAUGAGUCUUUUCGGAGAUCGGGAUUCCAGAAGGCUACAAUGAAAAGACUGCUGGUCAGCGUUACGGGAAGUCAGAAAGUUACAAUGCCUAUGACAAUUGCAAUGUCGGGAAUUGCAAAGAUGUUUGUUGGAGAAAUUGUGGAAACAGCAGCCAGGAUUGUCAUGAGUGAGAGGAAAGAAUCUGGCCCAAUCAGGCCGUGCCACAUCAGAGAAGCAUAUAGAAGACUGAAGCUUGAAGGCAAAGUGCCCAAGAGAACAGUACCCAGGCUCUUUCGCUAGAUUUUCCCCCACACAACUCUGAUUUUAUAGUUUGUAGGCAAGGUGCUUGUGAUUGAUUUGUUCUUUUCUCGCAUCUCUUUCUGCUCAAUUGACACACAAAAUCGAGAGUCACCUUAUCAUUGGUGUUCCUAAACGGAAAUCAGCGAUUUGUCUAGGCUAGUACCCAGCCAGGACUGGAAGGUCCAUGAGCAGUUCAGCUCUUGUGAAUCGUAAAUAUUGACUGGAGUGCAGCCUUUUUGCUUGUAACAUUAUGUCUCGAUCAAAGAUCAGAAGGCUGGGGAAUUAUGUUUACCAUGUGA